AUGGUCUCCCGCGACCCCGAGCUUCAGAAGCUCUUCAUAGAGACACCAUGCAUCCGGUCCAGAACUCUCUCGCGGAUAGCAGGAUGCAACAUCUUCCUCAAGCUAGAGAACCUCCAGCCCUCCGGCUCGUUCAAGUCCCGCGGCGUCGGGACCAUGAUGCACCAGGCCAUGCGGGCGCGGCCCGGCCGCAGCGUGCACUUCUACUGCUCGUCGGGCGGCAACGCGGGCCUGGCCUGCGCGACCGCCGCCGCGACCCUCGGCCAGCCGUGCACCAUCGUCGUGCCGACGCUUACCACCCCGUUUAUGAUCGAGAAGAUAAAGCUCCUCGGAGCCCAAGUCCACCAAGUCGGCAGCAACUGGGCGCACGCGGACGCGCACCUGCGCGCGGCGCUCCUGGCGCGCGACCCGGGCGGGGUCUACGUGCCGCCCUUCGACCACCCGGACCUCUGGGCGGGCGCCAGCACCCUCGUCGACGAGCUGGCCGCGCAGCUCGCGGCCCUGGGCGUCGCCCGGCUCGAUGGCGUCGUGUGCAAUUGCGGCGGGGGAGGCCUGCUGAAUGGCGUUAUGGAUGGGGUGCGGAGGCAUUUUGGUGGUGGUGGUGGCGGUGGUGAAGGAGGAAAAGGGGAUAAAAGGGGAGAAGGGGAAGAAAGGGGAGAUGAGAGGGAAGAGGGGGGAAAUGAGGGGGGAGAGGGGAAGGAACCUCUCGUCCUGGCGGUCGAGACGAUCGGCGCGGAUAGCCUGCACCAGAGCGUCGCGGCGGGCGAGCUCGUCACGCUCCCGGCGAUCACCAGCAUCGCGACGAGCCUGGGCGCGCCGCGGGUAUCGGAGCGGACGUGGCGGUGGGCGCGGGAGGCGGCGGGACAACUGAAGAGCGCGGUGGUGACGGACGCGGAGGCCGCCGUGGCGAGCGUUAGGUUCGCGGACGACGAGAGGAUGCUGGUGGAGGCGGCGUGCGGGGCGACGAUCUCCACGGUGUAUAACGGGGAUCUGAGGAGGUAUAUAGGAGGAGGGGGGGAGAAAGGGAUUAGCGACGAGGAGUGGAGGGCGAAGAAUGUGGUUGUGGUGGUGUGCGGCGGGGCUAAUGUUAGCGCGGAGAUAUUGAGGGGGUAUGAGGAGAGGUAUGGGGGGGAGGUGAAGUGGUGAUAUAUUUUAUAAGGGGGUAGAUAGAGGGAUGGGUGGAUGGGUUGGUAUUAUAGUAUAGUAUAGUAUAAAAGGUAUAAGGACGAUGCGAGGAUAUAUAUACCUCUAGGUACUGUACAUACGAUAGAGUUGGGGAAUAUAUCUUCACGAUCGUAGGAGACCAAGUUGGGCUGCACAUAAGGCACUGAUAGACCUUUUCUAUAUCUACCUACCUACCUAGGUAAGGUAUCUACUCGAAUCUCUAUUAUAGCGUUAGCCAUCAUCACCACCAUCUAUUCCACCCCCAUCUUCAACCUCAACCUAUCAUAAACCAACUCCUCAUACCCCUCGCCCAUAACCCCC